UUAAGCUCAAGCUCAUUAUGGAAAAUACAAAAAAGUUCCUCUUAAAAUUAUUUUUUGAAAAUAACAAAUGUUAUCAGUAAGCGAAUAGCCAAGAGCUGAGAUGUUAGACGACUUAUUAGAAUUGUAAAAACUGAAAAUUUUUUUCUUUAAAUCAAAACAAGUGCAAAAAAAUAUUUUAAUUAAAACAAUUUAGUUGAAUUUUUGAGCAUCGAAAGCAAACAAGUUAAAUUUUUUAAAGCUAGUGAAAUGCAUAGAAAUAAUUACAUAAUUAAAUUACCAGUUAUGGCCAUAAUAGUGGCUCUAGUGUUGGCCCAGUUACAGUUAAUAGUUACAGUUUUAGGAGCCGGACAUUAUAAUCAACCUUAUGGUGAUAUUUUAAUGGGCGAUAGUGAAAAUGAGUAUCAGAAUAGUUUUGAUGCGAGAAAUGGACCGAAUCGUUUAGAGCCUAGAAAUAGACAACGUUUGGGCAAUAGUUACCAGCAGCCAGCUACCGGUUAUGGUGGAAAGUAUCAAAACGAGUAUGAAACGCCUGCUGCGGGACGCAGAAGAGGUGAACGAGAGAAGAGUCAAUAUCAAAAAUAUGGACAAUACAUAUUAUAAUCGUAAUAAUCGCAAUUUGGGUAGAAAUAAUCCUAAUGGCUGGAUGGUUUCUUCCAGCAUUGUGGAAGAACAGCAACAACAUGAUAAUGUUACUAUGGAAAAUCGUGAAGAUUCUUUGCAGCAUAAGUGCCACAUAUGGGUACCAAUGGAUGCUUUAGAUAAAUAUCCAAAUGCCGAGAGAAAACAAGAUAAUAAAAUUACUGGUUCGGUGUAUAUAGAAAUCUGCUGUAAGGGUUAUGCACCCAUGCGUUGGCGUGGUCGCACGCUUUGUCGUCCAAUCUGUGACAACUGCCAAAAUGGUCGUUGUAUUGCACCGGGUGUAUGUGAGUGUUAUGAUGAAUAUGUGGCCAAUGAUAAUGGUGAUUGUGUUUUCACCUGUCCCAUGGGUUGUCUGAAUGGACGUUGCUAUUUAGAUGGCACAUGUCAAUGUGAUCCCGGCUAUAAGUUGGAUGAAUCGAGGAAAUUCUGUCGACCCAUUUGCAGUAAAGGUUGUGGCAAUAGCCGUUUGCACAAUUGCACUGAACCGGAAGUGUGUGGCUGUAAUAAGGGUUAUGUGCUAACCGACAAUGAUUGCCAGCCCUUAUGUCAGCCUGAAUGCGGUAAUGGUGGCACCUGUCAGAGUCCAAAUAAUUGUUUAUGUGCGCCAGGAUUUGAUAAGAAAGACGGUGUCUGUCAAGCAGAUUGUUAUCAAAAAUGUGACAAUGGCAUUUGCUACAGUCGCAAUAGAUGUAUCUGUAAUCCUGGCUUCACAUAUCAUGAGCGUUCCACGCAGUGUAUACCCAAAUAAAUGAGAAUUCUCUUUAAAUUAAACUAGUUAAUUGUGAUAUAAAUUUAGAAAUUUUUAAUGAAAUAAAUUAUAACUUUAUAUUGGUAAAAUUAGUUAAGAAAA